UAUGGUAUGGGACGUCGUUAUAACUGCGCGAGGUCUACUGUUCACAGAACUACUAGUAUAUUAUAUGGGCUGUAUUCAGUCAUUUGUUGUUCUUUAGUCAUUUACAUAAUAAUAUUUUCUGAUUGUGUAGCGAAAAGUAUCGUACUUUACAUGACCGUGAAUGUCUUGCAGGGAGGCUGACGCCUCGACGGGAAAACAAAACUCGGCCCUGCAAACGGCUACUUCCCGGCCUUGUGAUAUGGCGACAGUUGCAGUUGAUAGCAGCCAAGAACCAGUGCCAGUGUGCAGCACUGUAUUCUCUUCAACCGAUGAUGAUUUCAGUCAACAUUUGAUCCCUGGCUACAAUCUAAUAUUUAUCAAAGAAGAACCUCAUGAUUUCCAAGAUGAAGAAGAAAUUUCAGAAGUGGACUUUGGCAGCACGGUGCAGAAUGAACCAUCAGAAAUGUGGCCUCCUAUCAGCAGCACUACAGAAGUGGGUGGACUGAAUGCUCAUUCAAUCUCUCCAGUGGAAAAGUGUACUGAGUCAUCAGUGGCUGGCAAAAAGAACAAGCUCCACAGCUGUGAUAACUGCAGCUAUGAAACGCCAUGUGUUACCACUUUGAAGAAAGACAUCAGAAAACACACUGGGGAAAAGCUUUUCAUUUGUGAGAUUUGUAACUUGAAAUAUGCUACUUCAGGCAGUUUGAGAGUACAUAUUAGAACACAUGCAGAUGUAAAACCAUUCAGUUGUGACUUUUGUGACAUUAAAUGUGUUACUUCAGGUCAUUUGAAAGUACAUAUCAGAACACAUACAGGUGAAAAACCAUUCAGUUGUAACUUUUGUGACUUUAAAUGUGCUACUUCUUACCAUUUGAAAGUACAUAUCAGAAAACAUACAGGUGAAAAACCAUUCAGUUGUAACUUUUGUGACUUUAAAUGUGCUACUUCUUACUAUUUGAAAGUACAUAUCAGAACACAUACAGGUGAAAAACCUUUCAGUUGUAACUUUUGUGACUUCAAAUGUGCUACUUCUGGCCAUUUGACAGUGCAUAAUAGAACACAUACAGGUGUAAAACCAUUCACUUGUAACUUUUGUGACUUUGAAUGUGCUUUUUCAAGCCGAUUGAAAGUACAUAUCAGAACACAUACAGACGAGAAACCUUUCAGUUGUAACUAUUGUGACUAUAAAUGUGCUAUUUUAAGAAAUUUGAAAGUACAUAAUAUCAGAAAACACACUGGAGAAAAGCUUUUCAGUUGUGAGUUUUGCGACUUUAAAUGUGCUACUUCUUACCAUUUGAAAGUACAUAUCAGAAAACAUACAGGUGAAAAACCAUUCAGUUGUAACUUUUGUGACUUUAAAUGUGCUAAUUCAAGUUCUUUGAAGAUACAUAUCAGAACUCAUACUGGCGAGAAACCUUUCAGUUGUGACUUUUGUGACUUCAAAUGUGCUACUUCAAGCCAAUUGAAAAAACAUAAUAUCAGAAAACAUCCUGGCUAGAAACCUUUCAGUUGUAUCUUUUGUUACUAUGAAUGCAGUAAUUCAGAUGAUUUCAAAAGCAAGAAUCUUAGGCAGGCCACUAACGACUAUGCAUGAUGAACAUUCAUGUACAUGCACACACACUUGUUCAUCAUGCAUGUUUUGUCAUCAGCGAGAGGCUUCUAUCAUAAAAUAAACAACCAAUAACAAUAAAUAAACCAAUGGAAAACUACAAAUUAUAAUGAUAGAAAUAUAACCUCAAAUAGAGCAGCAAAGAAAAAUAAACAAAAAAUUUAAGAUACAAAAACCAAACAUCAAAAAAUUUUGCUCUAAGCCUUAGGCUGGCCACUAACAAUGAUACACAUGACGUCAUACAUUGGUGUGUCAUUAAAGCGAAAGGCUUCGAGCAAAAUUUUUUGAGAUUAGGUUUUUGUAUCUCAGUUACAUAAUCUCAGAUUCUGUUGUUGUUUUUUAUCGCUCUAUUUGAGGUUGAAUUAUUUUUCUAUCAUUAUAAUUUGUAAUUAUCCAGAAAUUUAUUUAUUGUUAUUGGUUGUUUAUUUUAUGUUAGAGGCCAUUCGCUGAUGACAAAACAUGAACAUGUGUGUGCAUGGUGAUCAUGCAUGUUAUUGUUAUUGGUCAGCCUAAGAAUAUAUUCUGUCAAAAAAAGAUAAAGAUGUGAGUUUCGUGAGUAUAAAUGUAGUCUAAAAAUUAGUUGAAAAAUAUUAAAUCUCACACAAUUCAUACCGGUGAAAACCCUUUCAGUUGUCAAUUUUGUGAUUAUAGAUGCUUCAACUCAAAUAGUUUGAAAUCACAUCUCACAACAUAUACAAGGAAAAAGCAAAUUUCAGUUUUGAAUUUUGUUACUUAAAAUUUACUAAUUUUGUCAUUCAAGUAAUGUGAAAAUGCAUAUUGGGAAUAUCAUUCUAGAAAGAAUAAAAGUUAUUGUUGAUUGGCCCUGCAUUAAUCGCGCGUGGUUAAUAUGACCUAAUUUGAUUCCAAGUAGCCUAUAUUUUAGCAUUCUUGAAAUAAUUUUCUUGCAAAUCAGUUUAUUGAAUGAAUCUAUUUCACUUUUCAGAAGCUAUUAUUUGUUAAAUAGACUCUGAAAUAGGAAGCUGCUGAGACAUGCAAGUCAGAUGUGUCAGGCCUGAUAUUUUUAUUCAAGUCACCAAUCAGUUUCACGACUUAUAUUUCAGCUCAGACCACCUAUUUAUAGUGUCCUUAUGGAAUCAAGCUUUAUCUGAUUAAAAAUAUUGUUGGCUCAUUCAAUUUAACCAUAGAGCAAUUAUCAGACUCACAGUCAUGUGUAAAGUAUCAAGUUAUAAAUGUACCGUAUUUCAAUUAAAUCAAUUGUCAGUUUUUGAUAAAUUGCAAAUUUUCUCUGGAUCCUGUUUAGUUUAUUGCUGCCAUGUUUAUUUGAACUUGAACAACCAAAGUCCAUCUCAUUUAUUCAAAAUAUCUAUCAUCUAAAUCUAUGGAAAUACAUUGUUAACAAUUGUUAACGAGGUCUAGGUAUGCUCUAAGACUAGAUGCUCAUAGAACGUCUUUUUUCCGAUGUAGUCCUGAUCACAUGAGCAGGAAAAUAUUGAACUCUCUCCCUCCUGUUAUAUCUGAGAUUGACUCUGAAGUUUUGUUGAAGAUUAAGUUGAAGGACUGGCUGAUCGAAAAAUCCUUUUACAGUGUAAUGGAAUUUUGAGUGAGACAUUUUUAAAAUAUGAUUCUUGUCAUCGAAUCGAGUUAUUUUUUGUUAUUUUAAUAUCUUAAUAUUUUUUACAAUGUAAUUUACCAAUGUGACUAUAAUUUGACUUGUGUCAAUAUUGUAUUAUUGUACAAUGCAUGUCAUCAAUAAAAUUGAAAUUAAUUUUUA